AUGGCUGGAGCCCAGGCUGCAGGAGAGCAGCAGCUGGAUAACGGAUCUCUGGAGACAACACAAAGUAUGGACGAUGACCCUUUACUUGAUGCUCCACUCCUCCCACCUCAUUCACUGCAUUCCAGGUUGCGUCCGAGGUUCUACAGCAUACCUACAGUCUGCAUGGCCAAUAUUCUGCUGCUCAUACAUGUGACUUUUGUGAUUCUGGCUAUUUUGGCAGGGGUGUUCUGUGUUCCUGAUAAUGAUGAUAUAUGUUUUGAAAAAUACACUCAUCCAUUUAAAGUACAAACGACAAUAAUCAUUGAGUUAGCUCUCUGGAUCUUGCAUGUUUGCUUUGAACGGUAUAUUCAGUACCACCACAGGAAGGUCAGAAGCAAAGGUUACCUCCUAAUCUACCGAACCACACAACAUCUUAAAAGCCUUCCUCUACUAAUUCAUUCUACGGGUAAUGCAGCUUUGCUGCUGAUCGUGGCAGUACAGUAUACCUUCCCUGGUCAUGCUAAACUGUAUCUUUGCUGCAUCUUUGGAAUCUUGAGCAUGGAAUUAAUGUGUUCAUUGAUAUGCUUGGUUGUCUAUUCAGUGAAAGUAAGUAACAGAAACAGGAAAACUGAGAGACUUAGUCACUGA